GAGGGGGAGGAGGAGGAAGAGAAGGGCCCGGGAGCGGCGGGACCGAGGUCCGGAGGAGCGGGGACCAGCGGGGCUGCACCGCCGGACGGGAGGAUGAGGAGGGCGCUCGGUGUCCUGGCGCUGCUGGCGCUGCUGUCCCCGGGCCUGGCCUGUCCCAGCCUCUGCUCCUGCUCGGCCAAGAGGAACGGGCGGCUGCUGGCCGAGUGCGCCUACCGGGAGCUCCGCGAGGUCCCCCGGGGCUUGUCCCCCAAUGUCACCAUCCUGACGCUCUCCGCCAACCGCCUGAGCCGCCUGGGCCGAGCCUCGCUGGCCGAGGUGCCCGAGCUGCAGUCGCUGUGGCUGGGCUACAACCACAUCUCGGCCGUGGAGCCCGGCACCUUCUCGCGGCUGCCGCAGCUCAAGAACCUGGACCUGAGCCACAACCGGCUGGUGGAUUUCCCCUGGCAGGACCUGCGCGGGCUGGGAGCGCUGCAGAUCCUCAAGCUGAGCAACAACCGGCUGUCCUCGCUGCCGGCCGGGGCCCUGAGCGGCCUCCGGGAGCUGCGCUCGCUCUGGCUCAACGACAACGAGCUCACCACGCUGGCCCGCGGAACCUUCGAGGCGCUGCCGGCGCUGGCGCAGCUCCAGCUUUUCCGCAACCCCUUCAACUGCUCCUGCAAACUCUUCUGGCUCAAGGAAUGGGCCGAGGCCACCUCGGCCGUCAUCUCGGGCUCGGGCUCCACGCUGUGCGCCGCCCCGCCGAGGCUGCGGGGGAGGCCGGUCAGGGAUAUUCCCGGAGAGUUGUGCGUGGCUCCCACGGCGCAGCUGACCUACCUGUCCGGGAGCCGCGGGGAUGGGGAGAGCCGCGAGGGGCUGACGCUGAGCCUGCACUGCAGCGUGGCCGGCAGCCCCCCGCCCGAGAUCCACUGGCAGAUCCGCACGGCCGCUCGCCGCUUGGACAUCCACGGGCCCACGGUGGCCCGCGACGGAGGCGUCAAAGCGGGCGGGAGGCGCUUCCUGGCCUUCAAGAACGGCACCGUGGCCAUCCCGGAUUUCGGGAAGGAGGAUGAAGGCACCUACACCUGCCUGGCCAUCAACGAGGUGGGGACGCGCGAUGUGUCGGUCAACGUGGCGCUGUCCGGCUCCGGGAACCCGGCCGAGGAGCUGCCCAGGGAUGACCCCCAGGCCGGGCAGCCCGGAGGGAAAAGCUGCUCCAAGGGGGAUGAGCUGGAUCCAUCCGGGAUGGGAGAGAAGUUGGUCAUCGUCUACCGCCUGCCCAAGGAGGUGCGGAGCGCAGCGGCGGCGGCGGCCCGGGAAUUCCGCCCGGGAAUUUGGCCGCUGGUUCUGCUGAUGUUGCUGCUCUGGUGAAGGGGGAGCGGUGGUUUUUUUGGGGGGGGAAAUUCCUUUUUUCCCAUAGUUUUUUCCCCUCUCGCGGAGCCUUUGCUGAGCUUCUAGGAUCCCGGCGGGUCCGGCCCUUCCCGAUCCUGGAGGGGCUCAGGGAAUGCGGGGCAGAUCCAGGCCGGAUCCAGCUGCGAUCUGCCGCCACUUCCCGCUUUUCUCCCGGCCCGGAUCCAGGAGCAGGAGCCGGGACAAUCCCUCCCCAGAUCCCGCCCAGGGAUCCAAGGAUAAAAUCCCUUCCCCUGGGAAUGGGCUCCCGGGGGACCCAGGGGCUUGGAUCGGGAAGAAAUUCCUGGGUUUUCUCCUCAUAGGAGCUCCGGGAACACCCCGAGCUCCCAUCCCGAGCUCCCAUCCCGAGCUCCCAUCCCGAGCUCCCAUCCCGAGCUCCUCCUGGAAUGCCACGGGAAUUCCAACACCGCGAUCCCAAAGGACCCGUCUGGGCUGGACCCACCGCUCGAGCCAAAGAUUCACAAAGCAUUCCCAGUGGGAAUGGGGGGAAGAUGGGGAAAAGCAGGGAAGCGGAGCUGCCUUUAAGCCAUGAACAUUCCCGAUGUGCUCCGGAAUUCCCGGCAGGACAAACAUUCCUUAUCCAGCUUAUCCCGGGAAUCCCUCGGAGGGCGGGGAUUUGGGAGUGGAUCCAGCUCUGGAAUUCCCAGUGGGAUCUGGGCCCCUGUAGGGCCAGCAGUUAACGCCUUUAAUUAACGCCUUUAAUUAAGAAAUACCUGUAAUAAACACCUUGAAUAGAGGAACGGUUUUUAAUGAAUGCAUUUAAUUAAUGAGCACUUUGAAUUAAUAAUGACUUCUUAAUAAACACCUUGAAUAAACUCCUCGGGUUUUUCUAAA